GCAGUGAUAUAGAGUAGAAGGACGCGGCAAAGAAAUACUUUCUUGUCCUUUCUUAAAAAAAAUACACAAAUGACAGCUCUUACAUCUGCUAACGGUAUUAUCGCUCUACUCGACGAGCAACAACCUGAAUUGAAGGUUUAUGCUCUUCAACAAUUAAACACUCUUGUUGAUGAAUUCUGGGCAGAGAUAUCUGACUCUAUUGCUAAAAUUGAAAUCCUCUACGAAGAUUCCUCUUUCAGUCAAAGAGACUUGGCUGCUUUAGUUGCAUCCAAGGUUUACUACAACUUGGGUGAGUUGGAUGAUUCCCUCACCUUUGCACUCGGUGCUGGUCAAUCGUUUGAUCUUUCUGAAGAUUCCGAAUACGUAACCACUAUUAUCUCCAAGUGCAUUGACAAAUAUAUUAAUCUUAGAACAAGUACGGAGAUUCCCGAAAAGAUCGAUCCUAGAUUACAAGACAUUGUAGAAAGAAUGUUCCAACGUUGUGCUGAAGAUUGUGAAUAUGAGCAAGCCAUUGGUAUUGCGCUUGAAUCCAGACGCUUAGAUGUCGUCAAGUCCAUCAUUCAAAAGGGUAAUGCCAGCAAGCUUUUGACUUACGUCCUUGAUGUGUGCAUGACACUUGUCCAAAACUUGGAAUUCCGUAACGAGGUCUUGAGAUUAUUAGUCGAAUUAUACAAGACUCUUGAGAACCCUGAUUAUAUUUCUAUCAGUCAAUGUUUAGUUCACUUGAACGAUCCUACUUCCUGCGCUGAUAUGUUGAAGAGCUUGGUCGAAAAGAAGAACGAGCUUAUGGCAUAUCAGAUUUCUUUUGAUUUAGAGGAAAACGCAACCCAAGAGUUUUUAUCAAAGGUUUCUCAAGUAUUACCUGUUGAACCCGUUGUUAUUGAGGAAAAUGCUGAUUCCGCCGAAGAGAAAAAGCCCAAGAAUGAUACACCUUUCAAAAAGAUCAAGUCAAUCUUAUCAGGCGAAGAAUCUAUCCGUCUUCAUCUUGAGUUCUUAUACCGCAACAACCAUACUGAUUUAUUGAUUUUAAAGAAUACAAAGAAUGCUUUGGAAUCAAGAAACUCUAUUUACCACUCAGCUGUUACUUUUGCAAAUGCUUUCAUGCAAGCAGGUACAACCAGUGAUGAAUUCUUACGUCAAAACUUAGAUUGGUUGUCCAGAGCUACCAACUGGUCAAAGUUUAGUGCUACUGCUGCGCUCGGUGUGAUUCACAAGGGUCAAUUGGCUCAAUCCAUGAAUUUAUUGGCUCCUUAUUUACCCCAAGAAGGCGUCAGCGGAAACAGCUCUUACUCUGAAGGUGGUUCGUUAUACGCUUUAGGUCUUAUCAACGCCAAUCAUGGUGCUGAAGUCUUAAACUUCUUAAAGACUGCCUUGAAGGAUACCUCAGAUGAUGUGAUUCAACACGGUGCCUGUCUUGGUCUUGGUGUUGCUGGUAUGGCCACUGCCAACGAAGAAAUUUAUGAAGAUCUUAAGAAUGUUCUUUUUGGUGAUAACGCUGUUGCUGGUGAAGCAGCUGGUUUAUCCAUGGGUUUGAUCAUGCUCGGUACUGGUAAUGAGGAAGCAAUUGAAGAAAUGCUUCAAUAUGCACAUGAAACUCAGCAUGAAAAGAUCAUCCGUGGUCUGGCUAUCGGUAUGCCCUUCAUCAUGUACGGUAAAGAAGAGCAAGCAGAUGAUUUGAUUAAGAAGUUGUUAGAAGAUAAGGAUCCAGUGCUCCGUUAUGGCGGUAUCUACACCAUUGCUAUGGCUUAUAGCGGUACUGGUAAUAACAAGGCUAUUCGCCGUUUGCUUCACGUAGCCGUCAGUGAUGUCAAUGAUGAUGUGCGUCGUGCUGCUGUUACCUCACUCGGUUUUGUGCUUUUGCGUAACCCCAAGCAAGUCCCCCGUAUUGUUCAACUUUUGGCUGAGAGUUAUAACCCUCAUGUGAGAUAUGGUGCUACACUUGCUUUAGGUAUUUCAUGUGCUGGUACUGGCUAUAUCGAUGCACUUGAACUCCUUGAACCCAUGACAAAGGAUCCUGUUGAUUUUGUUCGUCAAGGUGCCUUUAUGUCUCAAGCCAUGAUCUUGAUCCAACAAACAGAGAACACAAACCCGAAGGUAGCUGGUGUUCGCAAGUUAUACGAAAAGAUUAUUGGCGAUAAACACGAAGACCCCAUGGCCAAGUUUGGUGCAGUUCUUGCUCAAGGUAUCCUUGAUGCUGGUGGAAGAAAUGUGACCAUCUCUCUUUUAUCAAGAACAGGACAUGCAAAUAUGCCUGCUAUUGUUGGUAUGGCCGUAUUUACACAGUUCUGGUACUGGUACCCCUUAACACAUAUGCUCAGUUUGGCAUUUACUCCUACUGCCGUUAUUGGUCUCAAUAAGAACCUUGAAACACCCCGAUUUGAGUUUGUAUCCAAUGCUAAGGCAUCCUUAUUUGCUUAUCCUCCUGCUUUGAAACCCCCUUCUGCUACUGUUGUUGAAAAGGUGGCUACUGCUGUUUUGUCCACCACUGCUAAGGCCAAGGCUCGUGCAAAGAAAAUCGAAAAGGAGAAAGGAGAUCACAUGGACAUUGAUGAGGAUAAGCCUAGUAUUAAAGACGAAGAGAUGACAGAGGAUGAUAAGAAGGAGGAGCGCAAAACAACUGUGCAAAAGAAGAAAAAGGAAGAAAAUUUUGAAAUUCUUGAAAAUAUGGCUCGUGUUGUUCCUGCUCAACUUCGACACAUUGCCUUCAAAGAUGAUUCACGUUAUACUCCAGUUAAGCAAGAACAUGUUGGUGGUAUCAUCAUGUUAGUAGAUAGAAAGCCUGAAGAGGAGGAAGAUUUAAUUCAACCUCGCGUCCCAUCUGGAGAUGCUACAGCAAGAGGAGCAGCAGAAGAAGAAGCAGCACCUUUUGAACCUUUUGAGUACCACUCUGAGGAUUAAAUUGUCUUUAAUAACCUUAAUAUUUUCACCCUUUUCACUCGGACAUUUUUUUUUUUUUUGUUAAAAUAUAUUGGAUUUUGGCUAUAGAAAGAAAGAAGACAUUCAAAUAUAAUUAAAAGCAGACACUGCUAUUUCUCUCCCCCAGU